CAGCCUUACAAUCAUAGUAGCGGGUCCAAGUCGUUUCUACAACGACAGUAUGAGCUCGCUGAAAGAAGAGGGCAGCCGGUCGAUCGUGUGGAAUUGUUCCGGGAAACACACGUUCGAGCUGGGACAUUCGUGUCACAGGCCGCCGAGGAUGCGCAUAAUCAAAUGCUGGAACUCCAAUCCCAGCCUACCCCAGAGGGUAGUCAGCCACUCUCUGAGGAUGAGAUAUGCGAUCAGGUGUUGGGUAGACGACCAGGCUACUCAAAAGGCCUUGGUUGGGGACCCAAGCCGAAGGCCCGCAGAACGGCAAGUCCAAGCAGUUCGUCGACAUCUUGUUCGCAGUCCACACAAAAAGAGAUUGAAUUACAAGCUAAACUUCAUGAAGCUUUGGAACGGAUUGAAAUACAAGAUAGAAAUCACCAAGCAUUAGCUUCACAAGUGGAAGCUAUGAAAAAGAUGAUUGAAGACCUAACUCGUGCACAACAGGGACCACCACAUGAUCCCUAGCCCUGCGGUACGUCGUAUAUGUCUCUAUUAUUCUUAAGUUUUUGCAAUAUAUGAUUAUGUAUUAAACUUAGUUAUUUUUAUACCAUUUUUAGGACCGAAGGUGUAGAAUGACGCG